ACCAGCGAGCGAAAGACUUGACGUCACCUUGAAGCUUUUCAAAGAUGGCGACCGAUUGUUGCUGAAGUGCCGCUGGUUUCAGAAUGUAUAACGUUAUGGUCAACGUUCACCCUUUCAUUAUGUUGAAAUCUGAUCAUGUUUAGGAUUUCACGGUCAACGACCGUCCACGUCUGUCUGGUGACGCUGGAGGCGCAGCGGCUCCGGGGAGGAUGAUAGAUCUCCUCACCGGGAAACACACAACCUUCUGCCGGGGACCCCGGGACCGCCUCACUGGGGGACCGCCUGGGGCUCGUCUCGCUGACCGAGAGCCAUGGACGGCUCGGAGCUCAACGUAGGCUCGCCUCCACACGAUGAGGAGCAGUUCCGAGCGGAUCCGGUUUACGGCAGGAAGGUAAACCGAGCGGCCCCGCAGGACGGGACCUCAGUCCCGGGAUCUAAAUGUCUCCCCUGCCGCCUGGAGGAUAGCUGCGUGGUCUCGGGCGACUGUCGCGACCACGGCCGUUCGAACGGCUUCAGGACCGCUGGGGGGCGGACGGGAGAGGGGGGCCACGCCGGUCCCUGUUCGGUCGAGUUGGGGGAGGAGAUGCUGUCGGAUCCGGGUCCAGUCUCAGGGACAGGUUCCGGGCUCCGAGGAGGCUGCGGGGGGACGGAGUGCGGGGAGUCCCCGGACUCUGAGGACGUGAUACCGGGACACCGGAAGAGGGACGGACAACCUCUAAAAGCCGAGGUUUCAGUCUCCGGUGAGCUCCAGAUAUACGGCCGCCCCGGCGGGGGUCGAAGGGCGGAUACGACCCUUGGCCAGCCGGCGGAGGGGGUUGCGCGUCGCGGGGCUGGCGAGGAGGUGAACGUUGCCAACGGCGGGUUGCACCUCGUCUGUACGCCACGUGACGUGCACGAGCCGCAGCACUCUGAGAACAAUACCACGCUCCCCGACGAGCCCGAGCCCCCACCACAGGGGACGGGUGUCAGAACAUCAGGCGCCGGCCAGGGUCACGACCCCGGGGGUCUCCCUCCCGCCCAGGACUUGACCGUCCCGGGACAAGGACCCCCUCUCCAUGUCCUGCGCCCGGAAACUCCCUCUGACGCUACCAAUCCCCCCUCCACCAGCCCCCCCUCCCCUGACCUCCCCUCGGCCAACCCUGCAUCGGCCAGACCCCCCUCAACUGGUCCCAGCCCCCCCUCCCCUGACCCCAGUUUGGCGGCGAGGCCGCAGACCCUGAGGACCCGAGGGAGCACCGCGGUGUCUCUGAGCUGCGACGCCACGCCUCUCUCCCCGGAGGAGGGGGCGGGGCUGUACUUGGAGGGGGCGAGGCGGCGGCAGAGCGCCCCGGACCCCUUCCCAGACCCCCCCGAGUCCGGCCCUCCCUCCCCAACCAAGAGGACCACCAUCGCAGAGUUCUUCACCAGAAGUUUGUUUUCCAGGAAAUCCAAAGAGCCCGUGGUGCCUACCCAGAAUGCACCAGGCUGGCGUCUGUUUGGGAAGGCGGUCCCGGAGAGCGAUGGAGGCCAGCAGCGCCCCCUGCCUCCCGGGAGGAGGAAGCCGCUGGAGUUCGAACCCCAGUCCACCACCGCCCUGAUCCUGGAGCAGCGUCCUGGGAACCUCCCUGCUAAGAGUGAGGAGGAGGCGCAGAGACACCAGCAGGAGUACCAGGAGAUGGUGGCAGGAGCACGGAGGAGAGAGGUGAAGGAGGCUCAGAGGAGGAAGAGGAAGCUGAAGGAGCGCCACAGACGGGAGGAGAGCAUCUCUCACGCCAUCAACACCUGGACCGCCCACAUCCUGCCGCGCUGGGACCAGAUGAAGUGCACGCGGCGUGUGCGGGAGCUGUGGUGGCACGGCCUUCCUCCCAGUGUCAGAGGAAGAGUCUGGAGCCUGGCCAUCGGGAACGACCUCAACAUCACCCCAGAACUCUACGAUAUCUUCCUCUGCAGGGUGAAGGACAGGUGGAGGUGUUCCAGUGAGACCAGCUCUGUCAACGACAGCGAGAGCGACGGGGGGGCGUCGCUGGCCGACAGGGAGUCCAGUCUGGACCUGAUCAAAUUGGAUAUCUCCAGAACCUUCCCCUCGCUCUUCAUCUUCCAGAAGGGCGGGCCCUACCACGAGGUGCUCCACAGUCUCCUGGGAGCGUACACCUGCUACCGGCCGGACAUCGGCUACGUCCAGGGCAUGUCGUUCAUGGCUGCCGUGCUGCUGCUGAAUCUGGAGGAGGGCCAGGCCUUCAUCACCUUCACCAACCUGCUCAACAAACCCUGUCAGGUCACCUUCUUCAGGGUGGACCACCAGCUGAUGUUGAAGUAUUUCGCAGCCUUUGAGGUUUUCUUCGAGGAGAAUCUUCCUCGACUCUUCAGACACUUCCUCGCCAACAGCCUGACCCCUGACCUCUACCUGAUAGACUGGAUCUUCACGCUGUACAGCAAGGCGCUGCCCCUGGAUGUGGCGUGCCGCGUGUGGGACGUGUUCUGCCGGGACGGGGAGGAGAGCCUGUUCCGCACGGCGCUGGGGCUGCUGCGGCUCUACCAGGACGUCCUGCUGCAGAUGGACUUCAUCCACAUGGCCCAGUUCCUCACCCGCCUCCCCCCCGACCUCCCCCCCCAUCUGCUCUUCAGCUCCAUGGCCAGCACCCCCAUGGUCUGCAGCGCUGGCCGCUGGGCGCAGGUGUUUUCUUCAUUGAUGAAGGACGGCUACAAAGAACCAGAGAAGAACGGCAGCCCAGCCCAGCUAACCCUAGCCCACUGAGGAGCUAACCCUAGCCCACUGAGGAGCUAACCCUAGCUCACUGAGGAGCUAACCCUAGCUCACUGAGGAGCUGGCGCUAAUAAGCUAACACUAACUUUAUAGCGGCCAUGGUUCUCAAACUAAUGUCCAAGUUCAUGCGAACUGAAAAGUACUCACUAGCUACCUAUGCUAUUGAUGCUCGCUAUGAAGCGAGCAUCAAUAGCUUUAGGCGGAUGCUAUCUGAUUUUAGGGCUAAUAUGGAUUGAAAAGAAGUGCGGGAGUAGACUCUCCAGGUCUCCAGCAGAGCCAGGGGCCCCCGCCCAGACCGGACCUAGGGCCAUCGGCCAGACCGGCUCUCCCCUACAGAACGGACCAGGGGCCCAGAGCGGCUCCCACUACUGAAUGGACCAGGGGCCCAGAGCGGCUCCCACUACUGAAUGGACCAGGGGCCGGCUGGUUGGACUUGAUGGAUCUCCUUGUGGCUGCUGCAUGCUAGACCAUCCAACAGUAUUCAUUAGUAGACCUCAGCAUUUCUUAAGUUAGAUUUAUAUCGUAUAACAUAAAUAUCUUGAGGAAAAGUAUUGAUAACAAUGCUUGAACUAAGACCAGAGCAGAAGAACAAAUUGUCUUCUUUGGCUGACACCUGCAGCCGAAUGAACCAGCAGAGAACAAUGAUCGAUCUCUACGUGUUUGACCUCUACGUGUUUGACCUCUAGAUGUUUGACCUCUAGAAGUUGUACCAUCGAUCAGGUCUCUCCAUAGUCUGGCUAUUGCCAGACCAAGAUCAAUCGUAGAUUGCACGUUGGUCAGGGGAAGCUGCUGUCAUUUUCUUCAGCACAAAAGGCGUGAUCAAUGGGCCUAGUUCAUAUGACUGUACGCGAUUGGCUGCUUGCCGUCGCUUCCUUGUUGUCAUUUUGGUAAACCAGCCAAUAGCGUGCCAAGGGGAAAAGCCAGCUUGGUGAUUGACUCCCGCAAAAAUGUAUCGGAAGCAGAAAGAAAUGUAUUGCUCUUCUCCAGACCCUUGUGCAGGGCGAGAUCAAAUUGCCGGCAGAAUGGGCGGGUCUACCCAGUCUAGUCUCUCCAUGUUGGGCUGAGGCGAAAGUGUCCUUGUUGGUCCCAUGUCCAGACUCCGAGGGUGAAGUCCUGAAGGACUGCGGUCAGAGGUCAGGUCUUGAAAAUGUUCCAGACUUGUAUGUUCAGGCGCACAUCUAUACCACUCCAUACAACUUGAAGCUAAAGGCACCUUAUCCAGCUCUAAGCAGCCUAUCAGCCCCCCCAUUCAUUACCCCCCCCCCCCCCCCCCCCCAAACAAACAAACAAACAAACAAACAAACAAACAAACAAACAGAAAAUGUCUGUACAGGCCGUGUAUCAAACACUACACCUGAGAGUUAAUUUCCAUGGUAGUCCUAGCCAGCUCUGCUAUCAUGCGUACCUAGUGUGUGUUAGCUAGCCACCUGUGUGAUGGCUAGCCUGUUAUCUGUUUGUUAGUAGAUAUUUGACUGUAGAUAGCUAGCUUUACAUUGCUAGCUGAAGUAGGCUAUAUGUUAGCUAGCUUACGGUGCGUGUCUUGCUCGUCCCAUUGUUGAGACUUUAUGGGUACGGGUCGUACCAUUGUUGAGACGUUAGGGGAAAGGGUCGUACCAUUGUUGAGACGUUAUGGGUACGGGUCGUACCAUUGUUGAGACUGGAAUAAAAGACUUCUCACUCCUGAGCUAAAGGAAGAAUAAGAUACUUGUUUUUUCCAGUAUAUUAACUUUAUUGCUUUAAUGACUGAGUUUGCUAUAAUGAAUCACAUUUAUACUUUAAAAUUGAAGACUUUAAGUUGACUUCUUGUGUGCUUGUACAGUUUUCAUUCAGGCGAGUUAAAGAAUUCAGCGAUGACUUCAACUUGUAAAUAAAUUCUUCCUCAAGA